UCUUUCAAAAUUAAACAAAGAAGCUAUGUUAUAUUUAUUUUCAAUUUCGAGCCUGAGGUUUAAGGUUUAAGGUUCCCCAUUUCAAACCCCAUUGUCGCGCCAGGUAAUUGCUACACCACUCCUCUCCUCCACUUCCACCGCACGCCACCGCCACAUCUUUUGUGGAUAUGAGACUCGUUCGGAGUAUGUUCUGGUCUCCCAACGCCCGCCUUUCUCGUCAAUUUCAACGGCAUAUUGCGAAUCCCCGUCAAGUGUACAUUGAGACAUCCAGUAAUGGGCAUAGAUCUAUUAUAAAGUGGCAUGGAAGGUUAUUUUCUGCUUCUGUUCCUUCUGAUAAAACCGAAGUCAAAAAAUCUCGUAAAAAGGUCUCAAAGGAUGAACGUAAAGCCAUGGUGGAAAGUUUUGUUAACAAGCAUAAAGCCAUGAAUGCAGGAAAGUUCCCAUCUGCUUUUAAGGCUAUGAAAGAGGCUGGUGGCUCUUACUAUGUUAUUAGGCAGAUCCUUCAAGAGCUGGAAUACAACUCUAAAAUGUCAUCCAUGGCCACAAAAGAUUUAAGUUCAGUGGGAAAUUAUAGGAUGAAGAAGAAUGAGAUGUCAACUGAAGAGUUGUCGAGCAGUUCUGUUAAUUCUCAAGAUGCUCAAAAGAUAAAUAAAACUCCAAUGGAAGAAGACUUCAUCAACCGUGGUGAAUCUUCCACUGAUGCUGCUCAAGUUUCAGGCAAUGUAUCUACAUUGGAUGCACAUAUUAGUGAAGAUGGUCAAAUCUAUAACGAGAAUUCUGUGGAGAAUCAAAAUUCCAACUAUUUUUCUACUAAACCUCAGCGAGUAGUAGGAAAAUCUGAUGAAAUUUUGCAUAUACAUCCUGAGAAACCAGAGGAUUAUGCGAAAAGGGAGAAAGGAUCUGAAGAUACGCUGCAAUUUGAUGGUCUGAAGCCCAAUGCUCAGCAGCAGAAGUCAUCAAGGGAAUUGUACAAAGAGCCAAUUGAAGAUGCAGAACCUGAAGGGAAAUCAUCAGUUUGGGAAAAUUUGAAGUCUUUUGCAAAUGGAUUUCUGGGCAUAUGGAGGAAACGUUAAUACCUUCUUCCAGAUGAUCAUUGAAGAUUUAAAGUUUUGUAUUAAAACUUUUCAUGCUCAACACUUGCAUUCAGUGAUUAACGCAUUCCCAUGUGCAUCAUGAAUCGAGUAAGGAUUAUCGACAUCGAAGAAAGAAGACGAUAUUCACCAGUUGGAUUAUCGCUAUUGACCACUCCAGAAUGAUUAUGUCAAUAGGCAUUAACAUUAAAUUCUAUGUAGAUGAUUGAUCCGGAGGCUGUAGAAUGAUUUUGAAUUUGUGACACAGAUUUAUGUAGAGAGAAUGGUAGUUUUCAUAAUGCAUUUAAUAGCAUUGAAGGUA